AUGAGGGAGGCGGUGCGCAGCGUGGCAGAGCACUUCCCGACGGCGAUCGUGAGCGGCCGGGGCAGAGACAAGGUGUUCAACUUCGUGAGGCUGGCGGAGCUGUACUACGCCGGGAGCCAUGGAAUGGACAUCCAAGGCCCCACCGCAGACUCCAACCACCACCUCAACACGCCCAGCAAGGGGGAGCAUACGAGGUCAGUGCUGUGCCAGCCGGCGAGCGAGUUCCUGCCGAUGAUCGGCGAGGUCCACGACCUUCUGGUGGAGAAGAUGGCCGCCAUCCCUGGCGCCAUGGUGGAGAACAACAAGUUCUGCUUGUCCGUCCACUUCCGCUGCGUUGACGAGAAGACAUGGGGCACACUGGCGGAGCAGGUCCGGUCGGUGCUCCGGGAGUACCCGAGGCUGCGGCUGACGCAGGGGCGGAAGGUGCUGGAGAUCCGCCCUGUCAUCAAGUGGGACAAGGGCAGGGCGCUCGAGUUCCUCCUCGGCGCGCUCGGCUUCGCGGACCGCACCGACGUCUUCCCCAUCUACAUCGGCGACGACCGCACCGACGAGGAUGCGUUCAAGGUGCUGCGGAGCAGGGGCCAGGGCGCCGGCAUCCUCGUCACCAGGUUCCCCAAGGACACCCUCGCCUCCUUCUCCCUCCGCGACCCGGACGAAGUCAAGGACUUGCUGCGUGAGUUGGUCAUCUCCAAGAGGUAGCUCAGAUCCUCUGAGAAGGGAAGAAGUGACAUUAUCUAACUCGGCAGUUGCUCUCGUGGUCUUUCUCAACUGCUCGGUGGUAGCGAAAGGCGGAAGAGGAGUUUGUGUAUCUUCAUUAUUUUCUUACUUGUAGGACAUUUUUGUUCUUUCUUCCGAUUCCCUGUAUCUUUAUUUUUUGUUUGUUUGCUGCUGUUCCGAGAGCCUCGCUUCUCAAGGGUUCUAUUAUCCUCCCCUGAUCACGAGGUCUUGUAAUUAGUGUUAGCCCCUUUGUACUGUGGAAAUGUGAUGAAUAUAAUACAUUUUCAGUUAA